UAUUAUUAAACAUAAAUUUCAGGAAAUGUAACCGAGCCUCCGCCAUCUUCUUGGACCGGAAGCAAGCAACGGAUUCCGCCGGUAUGGAAUCCUGGGCGGAACAUAGGCGGAGCAAAUUUGGAAGAUCCGACUCCACACCGGAUGUUCACAAGGCGGGGGAGAAGGAGAGGAUAACCCUGGAUGAGCUGAGUAAACUCUACAGGAAGGAGGAGGAGGAGGAGAGGAGGAAGGAGCAGGAUAAAGUCAGGAACAGGAUCAAUAGAUUAUCAUUAUUACCCGACGUUGAUAUUCCUGAGUUGACCUCUUUGAACUGCCCAGCUGGUGACCUGAGCACAUUAACCUGCCCGGCUAGUGACCUUGACCUUGAAAAAGCGUUUUUACGUGGGAAAGGGGACGUGGACAGCGGAAACAAUAGCCUUAAUACUAAUAGGUCCAAUACGAGCACCGGGUCCUCUAAAGUGAGUGGUCCCACCGAGUCCUCGUUCCUGGAGGAGGAAGAAGAGGAGGACGCAUUAGAGGACGGACGCAUCCGAGACAGUGUCACAAUCUCUUGUUCAAAUCCUUCCCCUCAAAUCAAAAUUUCUAAACCACAGAACAACACAAAUGUGAUCGAAGUUAGAUAUAAAGAGAGAUCCCGAGAUGGGCAGUGGAGCAAAUCUCCGAGAUCUAACGGUCAAGAUUCAAACAGACAAACACAUCAGACACACGUGAACCGUCUCCAGAUUACUCAUGUGUGAAAUAGAAAAGUUAAAAAUGAGAAGCUCUCGCCUUUCUAAACUGUUAAAUGAUGAGAUGUGAAAUGCGCGAAGCCAUAUUGUUUGAGCCCAGAUAUGGGAGUAAUGCCGCAAAAGUUUUUUUAACUUCCGGUUUCCGCCAUGCCUCGUCACCAUCCAACCGAAUCACGGAGAAAUUUGAAAUAAAACGGAAACUAGAGGGUUCAGUGAACAGGGCGUGGAAUGCUAAGGGUUCAGUUUAAGCACUAAAGACAUAAAGAUGAAAUCCACAAACUCUUUUUUUGAGAGAGUUAAUGUGGGAACUUGUAAGAGAGAUCUUGAGUUUCUGCAGACAAAAAAACUGGAUGCUUAGGAACUGUGACCAAAUUAUGAAACGUGACAGCUUGAACUCUUUCCUUUUUCCCAUCUUCCUGUCUUCCUGUCUAGCUAUCCUACACCAGUUCCUGUCUUCCUGCCUAGCUAUCCUACACCAGUCUCUCCCUUCCUGCCUAGCUAUCCUGCGCCAGUUUCUUCCUUAUUGCCUAGUCCUAUGUCGGUUCAUGUCUUCCUGCCUAUACUAUCCUUCACCAGUUCCUGUCUUCCUGCCUAGCUAUCCUACACUAGAUUCUGUCUUCCUGCCUAGCUAUCCUACUCUAGUUCCUGUCUUCCUGCCUAGCUAUCCUACACUAGUUCCUGUAUUAUGCCUUGGUUUCAUACACCAGUUCCGGUCUCCUAUAUAGAUAUAUAUCUUCAAGUUUAUAGGGGACCUCGCCUUGUGCUAUAAAAACAUCGAUCCAUACAGAACGUCAGUAGUUAUGGGUCAAUCCAUCAAUCCAUCAAUCAUAUGAAUUCUCGUGUUUUGAAGGGCAGCAAUAGUAAAAACGCGCCAAAGUAAAGCGUGCUCCGUAUAUAGAUGUGUGAUAUGGCAUUUACUGUACAAUUCAUUAUCAUGUUUAGUGUACACUGUACAGAUACAGAUUAAAUUUGAUGUUCUUUGUUCUUUUUGAACUUUUCCACGAUUCUUGUCUGAUAUAUAUAUAUAUAUGUUU